CACCACAUACACACUCACGGCAGUCAUCACUCACACACACACAUAAACAUACACAUGCACACUUGCACCGGCAAACAUAUGGAGUACUACUGCUUCCUUCUGCUCUGGAUCUGCAGCCAGCAGUUAGGAUUCCUCGACUGCUUCAACAUCGACACAAAGAGACACAGGAUCAUCAAAGGUCCCAAACAAGCCCAGUUUGGAUACACUGUUCAGCAACAUGUGGCUGCUGGAGGGGAGAAGUGGUUAUUAGUAGGAGCCCCAUAUGAAAUGAAUGGCCCAUAUCAGACGGGGGAUGUUUAUAAAUGUUCACUGAGCAGAAGAAUCAAUGGCAAUGGUUGCUCCAAACUCAACUUAGGAAGGAUAUCUCUGACCAACGUAUCGGAGCGAAAAGACAAGAUGAGGCUGGGAAUGACGCUCACAGCUAACCCUAAAGACAACAGUUUUGUGGCCUGUGGGCCACUGUGGAGUUAUGAGUGUGGCAGCUCUUACUACAGCACUGGCAUAUGCUCCAGAGUCAAUGCAAGCUUCAAGUUCUCCAGAACGAUUGCUCCUGCCUUUCAGAGAUGUGAGACCUAUAUGGACAUAGUGAUUGUUCUGGAUGGCUCAAACUCUAUCUACCCCUGGUAUGAAGUGCAGGCUUUCCUCAUCAACAUUCUUCAGAAGUUCUAUAUCGGACCAGGUCAAAUACAGGUUGGAGUGGUUCAGUACGGUGAAAAGGUGGUUCAUGAAUUCAAACUCAGCGACUACAAAUCUGUGGAGGAAGUGGUGAAAAGAGCUCGCAGUAUCAACCAGCGGGGCGGAGAGGAGACCAAUACAGCUUUAGGAAUCAACAUAGCACGCUCAGAAGCUUUCAAACAAGGAGGCCGGCGUGGCGCCAAGAAGGUGAUGAUAGUGAUAACUGACGGAGAGUCACAUGACAGUCCUGAUCUCCAGCAAGCCAUCGAGGAGAGUGAGAAGGACGGCAUCACCCGUUAUGCCAUUGCUGUUCUUGGCUACUACAACCGCAGAGGAAUCAAUCCUGAGGCCUUUCUCAAUGAGAUCAAGUACAUCGCCAGUGACCCCGAUGACAAACACUUCUUUAAUGUGACAGAUGAGUCAGCACUGAAGGAUAUUGUGGAUGCACUUGGAGAACGUAUCUUCAGUUUGGAAGGAACCAGCUCAAAUGGGACAGCGUUUGGCCUCCAGAUGUCUCAGGCUGGAUUUUCUGCACAUAACGUUGAGGAUGGGAUUCUGGUUGGUGCUGUCGGGGCUUAUGACUGGAAUGGAGCGGUGCUGAAGGAAACCCGACAAGGAAAGGUGGUCCCUCCCAAGUCUUCAUAUGCACAGGAGUUCCCUGAAGAGCUCAAAAACCAUGGUGCCUACUUGGGUUACACUGUGACAUCUGUGGUGUCAGCCAAAAAUGGUCGCCUUCUUGUAGCGGGAGCUCCACGAUUCAACCAUACCGGCAAAGUCAUUAUCUUCACUCUUACAAACUCGGGUAACCUCGCCAUCCUGCACUCCCUCAAAGGACAGCAGAUCGGCUCUUACUACGGCAGUGAGAUUGCACCUGUGGAUAUCGAUGGUGACGGUAUAACUGACAACCUUUUGGUGGCAGCACCCAUGUUCUUCAGCGGAGGCAUGGAGAAGGGAAAGGUCUACAUCUACAGAGUGACGGAGUUGAACCGUUUCAUCCUUGAGGGCUCAUUGGAAAUCCACAAUGGUGGCCAGAACGCUCGCUUUGGCUCCUCGCUCGCCCCUGUCCCUGAUCUGAACGGUGAUGGCUUUAAUGACUUGGUGGUGGGAGCCCCGCUGGAAGACGACCACAAAGGAGCCAUUUAUGUUUUCUUCAGCCAGCAAAACAGAAUACUCCGCAAAUAUAAACAGAGAAUAGCAGCAGCAGAUCUGGCUCCUGGCCUGCAGUACUUUGGCCGCAGCAUCCACGGCACAAUGGACAUGAACAAUGACGGUUUAGUGGACCUGGCAGUGGGUUCUCUUGGUGCUGCUGUUCUCCUCUGGUCGCGGAGUGUUGUCCGUAUUUACACCAGCGUCAGAUUUGAACCCAGUAAAGUCAACAUCUUUGUGAAGGACUGUCAGCGAGGCGGCAAAGACGUGACCUGCAUGUCAGCCAUUGUGUGUUUCAACAUCACCGCCAGGACAGCCAUCCCUCCCACACAGGAAAUUGGAAUCAAAUUUAAUGUCUCCAUCGCGGAAAGGCGGUUUAAUCCUCGGGCUGUUCUGGACAACCCAAACAAGCUGCAGCCUCAAAACCGGACCCUGCUUCCAGGAGAGGAGAUCUGUGAGCACAUCUACUUCCACGUCAUGGAGACCACAGACUACGCUAGGCCCAUAGUGUUUGCUGUGCAAGUGGGACUACAAGAUCCAGAUAAAGAACCAGUUCUGGAUGACAACUGGCCCACUGUUCUCAGGACUGAGCUUCCUUUCUGGAACGGAUGUGAUGAGGACGACCGCUGCAUACCUGACCUGGCUCUGCAGAGUAUGAAUGACCUGAUGACUCCAAAUCAUUUCUGCAAGCAGCCCGUACAGUCCCGCAGUGUUUUUUGCCGGCAUUUAAGUGAAGUUGGUACUGAGGGAUCUCUGCGGGUUAUAGAGGCACAACGGAGGAGGAUGGUGGUGGACGUUCGAUUGGAGAACAAAGGAGAGAACGCCUACAAUGCUCGUCUGAAUAUCACCUACACGCCUAAUCUACGCUUCUCUAGCCUCAUAGUCAAGGACAACUCUGAUAUCAAAAUAGAGUGCUACAUGGAGGACAAACUGAGGAAUGAGAGGAUCUGCAAUGUCAGUGCUCCGUUCAUGAGGGGCAAAACUCAGGUCACAUUUCGUUUGGAGUUUGAGUUCAGUCGGACUGUCUUCCUGGAGCAUGUCAGGAUUAUCCUGGAGGCCCGAAGUGAUGGAGAGGAAGUGAGCACAGCUGAUAAUUUCAACGACAUCUAUUACUCUCUGAAAUACGAAGCAGACCUUCUCUUCACUAGGGAUUCCAAUCCAACUCGGUAUGAGAUCAAAUCAGAGCUGUCACUGGAGGAGCCUGGAGUUAUCGGCCCACCUUUUAACUUCACAUUCCAGAUUCAGAACCUUGGCUACUUCCCAGUAAAUGAGCUGCAGCUGAACAUUGAGAUCCCAGAAAUGACUAAAAAUGGAAACCAACUCCUGCAGAUAGCUGACUUCUAUAUCGACAAGAGAGAUGGUUCGCACUGUUUACCACCUCAGCAUGUGGCACAUAGCAGGGCCUCACCCGAGGACCUUUCACGCUUCUCCCGCUUGAAUCAAUCCAACACCCUGACUCUGCCAAUCCAGUGCACUGUCAACGUGGCCUCCUACAGAGAGAUUGCAGUCAGAAUCACAGGAGCGCUUAGAAUAGAUACAUUACACGCACUGAAGUUUAAAAUCUUGGAACUGGUAACCAGUGCAUCAGUGGAGCUUCCCUCCUCCAGCCCAAUGUCCUUACAUGAAGAGAGGCCUGUCAGACAUAUUGUAUUGGAGAUCAGGAAGGAGGGAGAUUACAGAAUCUCUAUCUGGAUUAUCAUUGGCAGCACACUGGGAGGACUCUUACUGCUGGCCCUUCUCAGUCUAGCUCUAUGGAAGCUCGGAUUCUUCCGGAGGCAGAAGCGGAGAGAAGAAGAUGAACAAGAGGCAAACGGGAAAGUGGCUGAAGAACGGUAACGCAGGCUGAGGGCCCCCCAGCAGACACCUUUUCCACAGGGGACCCGUCACUCAGGGACCAACCCACCUCCCCGCUGUUCCCCAACAACACAGUGGCACCGCAAAGACAGCUCUGCAUGGCCGCUGAAGAGAGGCUCGUUCAGCGCACUGGAUCUGUCCCACGCCACGACCCCUGACCCCCCGAGAGUCAGCACUGUCACACUCACUUAGCAUUCCUGCACUGUUGCGACAUUAGGGCCUCUUUUGUCCAAAUACUCCACUGCCCUCUAUGUCGUACAUUCACAGAUCUAUGAGCCUCCUGCUUCAGGCUGGAGCUAUGAUUUCUGAGCGUCUGAAAAAAAGAAUAGAGUGAGAUUUUGUCCAUCUAUUCUAAGAAUUUCAGACCACAAAUUGCCCCUGAGGCAAGCGUCAGCCAAUCACACCUUUGUCUCUUUCUGAUGUAUAUUUAUUGAACUCGUAAAUUUUGAAUACAUGGAAAACCUCAAGGGUGAGCUUCCACCCAAAAGCUACCGCAAAUGUAAAGUUACUAUAUUGUAUAUUGAAUUUGAUGUUUAAAAGAUAUUAUCUGCAACAUAUUCAGCUCGAUUGCAUCAUAAUUUAUUAAGAAACAAAACAGUACCAAAGUUUCCAGAGUACAAAGAAGAUUCAUGAUGCUUCAUUGACAGAGACUUUUCUUCAUUCUCUUGAGAAAGAAUCUUCUGAACCUGAUUUCACUCUUUUUUUAAAUAUUAUCAUCCUGGAAAACAUUCAGGAUGAGGUUCAAACAUUUGAUGCACUUUUACUUUGUACAAAAUUAACUUGAAUUUUGUAAAUAGUCAAGUAUCUUUUUGAUCGCUUUAAGUAUUCUAAGAGUUUCCGUUUUUUUCACAUGGUUUGUGGCAUUACUUUGUAACUUAAAGAGACAAAUGUAACUAGUCAGCUUUUUGUCACUGAACAUGUUACUAGAUGUUGCAUGCCUUUUAACAUGCACUGCAUCAGAGUAAAGGGUGUGCAUAUGAUACUUCAGGCAACAUGGAUUUAAACAAAGUAGUUAUUUUAAAAACUGUAUCGAAGUGAUGAUCAGAUUACACAAAGAUGGGUCUAAUAAAUGCACAUUGCCUACAGUACGUUAGCACCCUCCUGAUGUUACCGACAAAUAUAAUUUUUUCUGUCUGAUGAGGUGUGAGGAGCUGUUAUACGUCUACAAAUAAAACAUUGUAUAUGUC